CUUGGUUGUUGCCGAUAUAGAGGAGAUGCCAUUUGGUGCCUCGGUUUUAUCCGUAUUCACUAAUGAGAAUGGUGGAAUUAUUGACGAUACAGUUAUUUGUAAACACGCCGACCAUCUUUAUAUCGUAUCUAAUGCUGCCUGUGCAGAUAAGGAUUUAAAUCAUAUACGUACUAAAAUGGGUGAAUUUCAAAAAAAAGGCGGAUUGGUUGAUUUAAAAGUUAUUGAUGACCGUGCUCUGCUGGCUUUACAAGGUCCUCUGGCUGCUGAAAUCCUUCAAAAAUUGUGUGAUAAAGAUUUAUCAGAUUUUAAGUUCAUGACUUCUCGUUUUCUUCAUAUCAAAACUAUUGAAAGCCACGUGUCACGUUCUGGAUACACUGGCGAAGAUGGCUUUGAAAUUUCCGUUCCUGAGUUAAGUUCUCAACGGCUAGCAAAGUUAAUAUUGGGUUAUCCAAGUGUGCAUUUAGCUGGACUUGGCGCACGCGACAGUUUACGUCUCGAAGCUGGUUUAUGUUUAUAUGGGCAUGAUCUUGACGAUUCAACAACGCCAGUAGAAGCAGGAUUAGCGUGGACUAUCGGAAAACGUCGUAGAGUAGAAGGUGGCUUUUUAGGUGCAGAUCGAAUUCUUGCUCAACUUAAAGAUGGUGUCACGCGCCGUCGUGUUGGUCUAAUUGUUGAGGGUGCACCUGCAAGAGGUACCAUUAUCUAA